GUGAUUUCUGUCAAGUUGAAACUACCGAAGGAAUUACUGGAGCAAGACAACAUCAAUUAGGACUAAAGGGAGACGUAAAAAGCUGCAGAAAAAUACCACCAGAUUGUAAGCUAUCGUUGCAAACAGAUUAUGAUGAGAAACAAGCACUAAAAGAUGGAAUAUACAAUGAGAUAGAAGUUCAAAUUGGCGAUGAUGUUAACUACGAUGUAGCUGAAAUAAGGAGGAUUCGAAGUGGAAAAAGGGCAAUUGAAGCCCCUUUACCGACUGCUAAGAAGACAAAAGGUCCCUUGGAUCUAAUGUUCAUGAAAAAAAUAGAACACAAAUUGGGGAAAGACAAGAGACAAACAAGCAUAAAUGAUGCUUGUGACAAAGAAGCAAGAGCAAGAACGGUACAUUACAUUGCUAGUUUUUUUUACACAAACAGCAUUGCUUUCAAUGUUGCAAGAUCGAAAAGCUUCAAGUUGAUGUUGGUAGCAGUUGGAAACUACGGUCUUCAUUUGAAACCUCUAAGCUAUCAUGAGUUGAGAGUUCCACUCCUUGAAAAAGAGUUGGAAUAUACAAACGCUUUGUUGAAUGGUCAUCAAUUGCAUCGCGCAAAAUACGGAUGUUCAAUUAUGUCAAACGGUUGGACAGACAGAAAGAAUAGGACUUUGAUAAAUUUCUUAAUGAAUUCCACAGCAUGAACAAUGUUUGUGAAGAGUAUUGAUGCUUCUGCUUACAUGAAGACUGGGAUUAAGAUAUUUGAGCUAUUGGACAAUUUUGUUGAGGAGAUUGGUGAGCAAAAUAUUGUGCAGGUGGUUACUGAUAAUGGAAGUAAUUAUGUAUUGGCUGGUAAACUACUAACUGCCAAGAGACCACACUUGUUUUGGACUCCGUGUGCUGCACAUUGUCUAGACCUGAUGUUAGAAGAUAUUGGAAAGAUUGCAAAGGUUAAAGCGGUUAUUCGAAAUGGGAUUAGUCUUGUCGGCUUCAUUUAUGACCACACAUUGGCGUUGAACAUAAUGAGGAAGAACAUUGGCAAUGUUGAAUUGGUUAGACAUGGAGUCACGAGGUUUGCUACCACAUUUCUUACUUCGCAAAGAUUGCAUAAACAAAAAAUCAACCUUAGAAAGAUGUUCACUUCAGAAGAAUGGUUGAAGUCCAAGGCAACUAAUGAUCCUAAGGGAAAGAAGGCAACUCGUAUUGUACUUUUGACAUCAUUUUGGAAUGAUAUCAUCUACACUCUUAAGGUUAUGGGACCUCUUGCACAAAUGUUAAGACUUGUUGAUAAUGAAAAAAAACCUGCAAUGGGAUAUAUAUAUAUGCAGCAACGAUCAAGGCCAAGGAGGAUAUUCGAAAAGCUUUCAAUUAACAAGCAAGCAAGUACAUAGAUGUAUUUGCAAUCAUUAAUGAAAGGUGGAAAUGUCAACUUCAUCAUCCAUUGCAUGCUGCAUGCUACUACCUAAAUCCGAAGUAUUUUUAUAGCAAACCAGAAAUUGAGAAUGAUUCCUUAUUGGUGGGAGGUCUACACUAGGCAGGCAGCAAAAGAAAAGGCAGCUGCAAGUGCAUCUAGGGCAAUAGCACAAGAAGCAAUAUCAAAAGAAGUGGUGGUAGAAGAAGAUGUUGAAGAAGUUGAACCUAUUUAUGUUGAACAUGAUGAGGAGGAGGAGGAGAACGAAGAAUAUAUUGAAGUUGAUGGGGAAGAGGAGGAGGAAGAAGAGGAAGAAAACUAUGUUGAAGAUGAUGAUGAUUUUUGAUUCCUACAACAUGCAUUUUAGUUUUAAUAUUUUGUUAAUUUUAUUACUUUACUAUGUUGAAGAACAUGAUGAUAUUUGGUAUCUAAAUCUAUAUUUUGAUUAAGACUAUUUGGUAUCUAAAUGUAUGUUUUGAUUUA